AUGGAAGGUGGACUGGCUUCCUACUCGGCGGCAACCACCGCACAAGCCGGACUUCGCUCGCUGGCAACUCGCUCCGCUUCCUCGGCAGCCAUGUCUGAUAAACCUGAUAUGGCUGAGACAGAGAAAUUUGAUAAGUCGAAAUUGAAGAAAACAGAAACGCAAGAGAAAAAUCCACUGCCUUCAAAAGAAACGAUUGAACAGGAGAAGCAAGCAGGCGAGUUGUAAUGAGGCGCGCGCCGCCAAUAUGCACUGUACAUUCCACAAGCAUUGCCUUCUUAUUUUACUUAUUUUAGCUGUUUAACUUUGUAAGAUGCAAAGAGGUUGGAUCAAGUUUAAAUGACUGUGCUGCCUCUUUUCACAUCAAAGAAUGGACAACUACUGACAACGAAGG